UUUCUCUCCUCUAUAUUGAUACAUCAAACUUGCCUCCGUCUUUCUUCGUCAUUUUCUCUCUCUCUUCUGUAACUUCUCUUUCAUUCUCUCUCGCUCCUUCUAUAUUGUAUCUGAUUCCCUUUUUCUCCGGGAGCUGUAGAUUUGAUCAGUUAGCGUCGAUGAAGAAAGUUACAUCGGCAGCGGCUAAGACGUUGGUCAAGGAUGAGUGGGUGGCGGCGGCGAUGACAGACGACGAGAUGGUCGUGGAGCUUCUUAUCCGGCUGAAGCAUGCGGGGACGGUAGUUUCGGAAGAUCCAUCGACGAACCUUCCUCCGUUGCGGUGGGGAGUCCGUCAACGGCGGUCACGGUCGUCAAGAUUUGGUGUUAACGGCGGCGUCGUUUCGUUGAAGAAGGAUGUUGAUUCCGCUAGAGGCAGCCCGAAGACGCCGCUCUCCUGGAGCGGCGGCGGAUCUGCAUCUCCCUCGGCUGAUGGAUUCGAGGACACCAGUCUCCAAGCGAGCUGCUCCACAUCUACAGGAUCCGGAUCUAAGGCUUUUCCCACAAAUGAAAUCACCAGUUCUUUCUCCAAGAGAUUGAAGAUAAAGAAGAAGUCAUCUUCUGAGCUUAAAUACCAAGAGAACUUGAAGCUGAAGGAGAGAACCGACCUUGAAAAGGAGAUUGCAAGUCUGCGAGAAACGUUCGACGAACAAAACGUAAGGAACCAACGGUUGAAGAGGAUUAAGCUUGACUUGAACUCAGGCCGUGUCAAGAAUGAAACUCUGGUUGAUCUGGCUCCUAAGCCUCAAGGAGAAUCAAAAUCUUGCAGAGCAGAGGGCAACGAAACCGCUAGCUCGAAAAAUAAGGACAGCUUCUUCUUCCUCCCUGAUUUGAACAUGGUACCAACAGAGGACGAGAUAUUGUAUGGAACUAGCUAAGUGGCAGCUUCGAUCUCGAUGUGAUUUACAAUCAAGAAAGGCGUCAGAGAGACUUAAUGAAUGUAAGAAGAGGUUUUUAUUGUCUUGUCUCCCACAUCAUUCAUUGUUUUCUGUUUCCUUCCUUCUAAACGCUCGUUACUUGUUUUUUUAGAAGGUGGUGGAAAUUAGGUUCUUUAAUUUUCUCUCUCUCUUUUGUACCCGAUUCGUUGUAGUUAAAGCUGUGUUGAAAAUUGUGUUAAUGACAACUAAUAGACUUUAAUAUUUUUAAACCUGUACUUUUUAUUUAA